AUGCCUCUCGCUAAAGACUUACUUCACCCGAGUUCCGCCGAAGAGCGACGCAGAUGCAAGCUCAAGCGUCUGGUCCAGCACCCAAACAGCUACUUCAUGGACGUCAAGUGUCCCGGAUGUCUGAAGAUCACCACCGUUUUCAGCCAUGCUCAGACCGUGAUCCCAUGCAAGGGCUGUAGCACCAUUCUCUGCACGCCCACCGGAGGCAAAGCUCGUCUCAGAGACGGGUGCAGUUUCAGGAAGAAGCAACACUAA